CAAAAAACGAGCUUAUACUUAUAUUGCGGUCAUUUCGCAAAGAGAACUGCGGAACACGCUGCGGUUAGAUAUCGUUAUGCACCAAGUGAAGUUACAUCAGAAUAAGUUUCAUUUUCAGCUGUGGCAGAACGACGUUCAGAGUUUGUAAAGAAUGUAGUGAUUUUCAAGAAUCCCUCAAGUAUCUACUGGAUAGUAAUUAUUAUCAUCUUACUUAAAGAUGCGCGUGAUUCUUUCGGUAUUUGUUUGUUGUAUCCUGGUUCACACCGCAUCUGUACAUGGACUGUGGUUAAGUCACAAUACGUGGAUGGUUUUUGCAACACCAAAUGAACCCGCAGUUCUCUCGUGUAAAGUUGUAACUGAUCAUCCGUUAAAUUUUACGUGGAUGAAAAAGGGAAAUGGUGGAAGCUAUGAGAAUGUUGACAAUUUUACGAAUAAAAGCAAGUUUUGGCGAAAUAACGAAACUCACGUUACUCUGGAGCUUUACUUCACAAGCGUCACGACCGAGGACUAUGGAGCUUACUUAUGCAUAAUAAUAACAUCAACUAGCCGUUUUUGGAUUCCUGUCGACCUCGGAGAUUAUCCAAAUGAUUUUAUCUGGACUGUCGCAGUUCAUAAACCAGAAUCUGUUCUCAUAAAGUGGAACUUCGACUUGUUUUACCCAAGUCACAUUUAUUCGUUUGGAAUUGAGUAUCGGGAAAAUGGUACGAAUCAACGACUACGGACACCCUUACUUUCCACUCCGGAGCGAAUUGUUCCUACAGAUUCUUACACCGUAAAUGCAUUGAAACCCAACACCGUAUACGAAUUCAGGGGCCUAAUUUCAAAUCCGAGGGAUCGGUUCUCCAACAAAGACUCUUACGCUUUUUCAAGAUGGGUGACGACGUCCGAUAAAGGUUCCGCAUGGAUAGUUCCAUGUCGUACCCAUGUUAUUGUUGAGGCACACGAACGUGCAAUUCUGUCAUGUGACGUGAUAGGGAAUCAAAUGACAGGCUUCAUCUGGCAACACAAGGGAAAUUCAAGAAAUUCAACCAAUAUUUGGUCGAACAACAACACUCAUGUUACAAUGAAACUGGAAUUUGCUAAUGUCACGGCCGACCAAUCUGGAGAUUACACAUGCCAGGCGAACAGUUCCGGCCAACUUGUAUCAGCGCAGAUUAUUCUCCGAGUCAGUGAAUUUGAUUUUGUCCCUUGCAAGGUCGGAGCGAUUGGAACAGAUCGAAUUUACGUCAACUGGAACUAUACAAAUAUCAUUAGCAAUUUUACCAAUUACUAUAACGAAUAUGUUGGACUUACAAUUAAAUACAAGGCAGAUAAUACAAAUGAGUGGCACGGACCAGGACAAAUUUUCAAUUCAUCCAUUGAUCCAGUUGCAAGCCACUACGCCAUAAGUGGAUUGAGAAAUUUCACUCUCUAUCAAAUCACUAUCAUAUUUGAUUCAUACGGGCGUAAUUUUCAUGGUGUGGUAGAAUCCUUCGUUCUUUCAAAGUGGGUUUCAACGUUUGAGAAAGAACUGGAUUAUGUUCCAACUGUGCGGAUUGUGAGACAAAUUAUGGACACAAUAACGAUCAGAUGGUCGCAACCAGCGCCAGAGCUGCGGGAAUACAUUGACGCCUAUCUUCUAUCAGUCGAAUACAGUAACAAGACAAACAGACAUUUUCGUUGGGAAAAGUAUAAGGCUGGAUACCAUGAUGAAGCGGUUGUGCACCUUUCACCUUCUAUCAGUUAUGAUCUGCAGGUGCGAGCUUGUUUCGACGAUUACUGUCCCGACCAGCAUGCAAGUGCCGUUAUGGAAGGCGUCAUGACCAGCGAUGCAGAUGGAAGACAACACUCACGUGAAGAGCAACAUUCAAAACCUGAUACGGAGUUUCCAGUACUGACAAUCGACGUCACUCGAGAUGAAAAAAAUAUUACUACAAACAGCAAUGCCUCGUUCACUUGCAGCAUCAGUGUUCAGGGAUACGAGGGUUGGUGGACCAAGAAAGGGAAUCGCGUCAGGUCUCUCGAUCAUUCUGACAACGAGAUCAGCUGGACUGUAAUUGUGGAAGAUGCUAGGGAAGGAGGCAGAUACGGUUACACCUGUGAAGCGAGGAUGUCAGAUGAUUGGCGCACUAGUAAAACAAUGCUCGUUACAGUGAUACUGCCCGCGGAAAAUGUAAUCAUAGAUGCUGCAACGGUGUAUUCGAAGCGAAGCUAUCCAACCAUUCUGUCGUGCGACUUCUUUGGAUAUCGGUUGUCGAAUUUCAAGUGGCGAAAAUUCUGGGCUUAUGACAGACAACAAUUCGACGAAGUUUCCAGUGUGUCAAAGUUCAACGAAACUCACAUCAGGAUAACUUUGUCAAAUCCAAUUCACACCUUAAACUUGGAAACUGGGAAGUACGAAUGCGAGGCGACGAAUCACAGACUUGAUUACAUCCGGGGAUCCAUUCGUCUCGAUGUCGACAACGAAUCACCGUUGCAAAUAAAGGCCUACACCAUCGGGUCCAAGCUCAUUUGCUUACGCUGGUUCGACAUGGAAUCCCGAGGAGACACGCAUCUGGUACAAUCUUUUCAAAAUGGUUCUCGUGACUGGCAAGAUACGUUUUCGGUGCCAGUUGUAGGAAACAAGUACUAUAGUGGCUACGUUGUGAGGCAAUCCACACGCAACACUUUCUACUGGUUCAAGGUCGUUGUCGUCGGCGCGGGUGAAAGACUCGCAAGCACUUAUUCCAGAUGGGUUACCCCUACGGAAAAAGACAUUGCGUACUUUCCGAACAUCACCUUGAUAUCGAAGUCGAGAAAUUCGAUCGCUAUCGAAUGGCCGAUUCCAACAGAAGAGCUACGUGAUCACAUAAACGUGUACCAAAUAUCAGUCAACUACACGUACAAUGGGAGCAAGAUUGUUUAUUCACAAAAUACUACGCAAACUCAUUUUGUUCUCGGAAAACUUCAGCCUUUAACCAGCCAUGACUUGGAAGUAAGAGCUUGCUUCAAUGCCGUUAGUACGGAUUGUUAUUCGAGUGACGUUCGGAGAGGGGUUUUCACCAACAGCAUAGAUGGGGAAAACAUUACUCCAUAUGAGGAACCCGGGACUCAAGUCGAAACAUGGAUAACUCCGAUAGGAACAGUUGUGCUCCUUCUCAUCGUUCUGGGAACCUGGCAGUUUUACAGUAAAUCAAAGAAGCGGAAGAUUGCUAGAGAAAGACUCGCCUAUUUCUACUGGGAGGAACCGAUUUUUUUCAAUCCAGAACUUGCCAUCAGUGAUCAAGCCGAUUUAUUACCUUACAAUAAGAAAUGGGAAUUUCCACGAAAGCUACUGAAACUUGACGAGGAACUGGGAAGUGGCUCAUUCGGAAUAGUCUGGAAAGCCAGGGCGAAAACGAUCCGUCGACCCGAGGCGAUUUCGGUGGUCGCAGUCAAAACGGUACGACCAACAGCCAGCCUUCGCUGCAUGAAAGCCCUUCUUCGCGAACUCAAAAUUCUCGUCUAUCUCGGUCACCAUCCUAACAUCGUCAACCUUCUUGGUGCUUGUACGAGGAAUCUUGAUUACGGUGAGUGUUUCUGCAUAUUUUAACUCCCUAUUGAGACU